AUAGUCAACACAACAAUCGGCUGCCCUUUGUUUUCUGGACCGCAACAAAAAUGGCCGCCGAGUGUAUAUUUGAAUAGCCCCUGGUCAGUAGUACCGAGAAUUUUGUUUAUAAUGGGCUUCAAUGGGAAAAUCACAACUUUUAUCUCGAAUAUCUCGAAAACGGGUUGUCGUCGUAAACUCGGACUACCAUACCUCGGUACUACUGACCAAGGGCUAUUUAAAUAUACACUCCGCGGCCUGUUCCGCUGCGGACCACAUUCUAAAGUUGUGCCCAACAAUCAAACACACGAUUUGGUCAAGAAAGUGAUGCUAAAAGCACUUCCAUCUCAUCUCUUGACCAGUAGUGCUAUAUAUUACACGUCUUUCUUAUUUGCCGAGAGAGUAUAUAAUGCAACGAAAACGACGAAAGCGACGAAAAAGCACAGGAAUAGCAAACGAGAGGACCGAUCGAUUGGUUUUGGUUUUUUGGCUCAAGUAUUGGUCUAUCGGUUAGAGCUUUGAGAAGCGAGUGUGAGAAGCAGUGACAUGAGUGGCAUUGUUAGCAGAGUUUGUGACAGACUUUCGCACUGGUAUUUGGUCUAUGAGUUACGCACAUCACUCUAUAUGCUCGAGCCCUGGGAAAAGACCACUUUCAACACCGCACUGUUAGCCUUCAUAGCGAUGGCCAGUUAUACGACAUAUGCAUUCCUUCCGACGUACACCAGAAGCGCUCUCUCCUAUUUCGGGCUCAUCUAACCAUUCCUUCAAAGUCUAUACACAUUCUACUAAAGAAUAUUCUAUAUUAAGUUAUUAAUAUAUUCUCUCAUAAAUUAAAAUAUUAAUAAGAUUUUUGUCAACGAAUAUUUUACAAAAUAAUAAAUACAAUGAAUAUUUAUUUAUUGAGUUUUUAUGGUUAAAAAUAAAAAGUAGGAAAAUUAUUUAGAAAAA